AUGGCAGCCUUAUCAGCAGAGGGGGUAAGGAGAGUCUGUCAGCUUCAGAGGGAAGAAGGGCGCCAGUGCCUGCGAGAGCUCCUGCGAUGGGAGGAGUUUGAUGAUGUGAGGGAUCUGAGGCACAGCAUAGAGCUCGACAGUCUUUACAACAGCAUUGUGUUCGCCGUGGAGAAAGGGCUCUCCUGGCCUGCAGUCGUGGAAGCAGGAAAGCUUGCAGAAGAGCUGUUGAACGAAACCAAAGGUUUACCCGUUUCUCAGGCCAUCUGUGUCCUAAAGGAUAAACUCGUGGCGUGUGAGCCAAAGCUGAGUCCAUUCAAACCGUGUGUCUUGUGUGAAUACUUCUAUCACACGCUCAUCAGGCACUACCAGCUCUACCAGUUUGUGCUGUGUCGGGAGAGAGACGUCGAACAGACGUCUGCCCACCUAGAAAUCUGUGUGCCACCACAGCCUCUGCCGCUGAUGGCAGGCAUCGAUGCUGAAGUCUGGCACUAUCAGCAGCAGCUGGCUGCCCUCUCAGCCGCUGAGGUCCAAAAACGUACCAACAUGCUGCUCCUCCGAGAGACGCUACACCUGGAGAGGGAGCAUAUGUUGCAAAGAGCGUAUGAUGAUCUGAAAUUGCGAGCCGAGAUCCUAGACAGACAGAUUUUGGAGACCCUAGUGAAAGAAGUGAUCGGGACCCAGAUCCAAGCUCUCCAUGAGAUCAUGCAGACUGAGAUCCAGACCACCUUCGAGAUCUUGGAGCUGAGACUCCAGAAGAGGGCCUUGAGCCUGAACCCUCCUGUCCCCUACCCCCCACCUCCUCCUCUUGAAGAACGAACAAAGAAAUCAACCAAAGCUCAAGAGCAGAAAAAGAAGAAGAAGUGA